AGUUCUAACUUUACAGCCUUUUUCUUCUUUGAUUCACGCAUUAAUUUUCUUACUUCGAGUGAAAAAAAAACUGACGCUUUGACGGUGAAGUGAAAAACCGAAGCAGCGGUAUUUUUCGAGCCAAAAUGCUGACGUCACUGCUGAUUUCUACUUUCUUAUUCGCCCUCGGACGAGCCUCGCUGCCUUUGGUUAUAAAUACGUGGUCGUUUAAAGACGCGACGGCUGAAGCCUGGAGGACCCUACAGUCCGGAGGAUCGGCGUUGGAUGCGGUAGAGAAAGGCUGUGCCCGCUGUGAAGAGGAGCAGUGUGACGGCACUGUUGGCUAUGGCGGAAGCCCAGAUGAGACUGGAGAGACCACACUGGAUGCCAUAAUAAUCAACGGCGACACAAUGGAGGUGGGUGCGGUGGCAGACUUGAGAAGAAUCAAAAACGCCAUCGGCGUGGCACGAGCUGUGAUGGAGCGCACCGAUCACACCAUGCUCGUCGGAGAGUCAGCAUCUUUGUUUGCUGAAGACAUGGGCUUCAUUGCAGAAGACCUGACUACCAACAAAUCAGCGAAUAUAUUCUCACAGUGGCUAAAGGGCAACUGCCAACCUAAUUAUCGAAAGAACGUGCUUCCAGAUCCAUCAACAUCCUGUGGACCCUAUAAGUCCAGAGCGACGGUGUAUUGGACCAAGAAGACCCAGCAUGUAAAUAUACACUCCCACGACACCAUUGGGAUGAUUGCUGUUGACAAAAAAGGCCUCAUAGCUGCUGGUACCUCAACCAACGGAAAAAAUCAUAAAGUCCCCGGUCGCGUUGCGGACUCUUCUAUAAUUGGGGGAGGAGCCUAUGCUGACAGCUCAGUGGGUGGUGCCGCUGCUACUGGAGAUGGAGACAUCAUGAUGCGCUUCUUACCCAGUUACUUGGCUGUGGAACUGAUGAGAGCCGGGGCAGAUCCCUCGUCAGCCUGCAAGACGGCCGUUUCUAGAAUCAAGAGGCAUUACCCGCAGUUCUUUGGAGCCGUCAUCUGUGCUAACACAUGGGCCAUUAUGGUGCAGCGUGCAACAAAGUCCCUGGAUUCUCCCAGUUCGACUACAUGGUGUCAGACUCCACUUCGGAUACACCGCUCCUGAAAUCUGUGAACUGCUUUUUGUUAGUGGGAACAGUAUUUCUCUCUCUCUCUCUGUGUGUGUGUGUGUGUGUGUGUGUGUGUGUGUGUGUGUGGUGUGUGUGUGUGUGUGUGUGUGUGUGUGUGUGGUGUGUGUGUGUGUGUGUGUGUGUGUGUGUGGAAUAUGAACAGUCUUCACAAUGUGUGUAAUUUAAAGUACACUUCCAUUUUCACUGUCAUUGCUUUAUGUUGUUGGGAUCCUUCAUUACCUCAUAACUCGUUCUUUCCGUGAUGACAAACAUUUAAAACA